UUCCGAUUCUCGAAGAAUAAAUGUCGAAGAAUAAAACCAAACGCGCCCGCCGCGAAGCAAAACGGGAGCACCACAAGAAAGCCUCCAAACUCAAGCCCCAACCCACCACCAAUUCCAGCAAACCACUGCAAACCGCGCAACAAAAGAAGCAGAAAGCAAACGCAAAAGCGCAAAAGCCUCCCCCACACACCCAAGCGUCGCAACAACAACACCCCAUACCAUUCGGAGAAUACGACAACAUUCUCCUCGUCGGCGAAGGCGAUUUCAGCUUUACACGGAGUCUAGUAGUCGAGCAUGGGUGCGCGAACGUCACAGCCACCAGCUUCGACAGCGAAGACGAGCUCCGAAAGAAAUAUCCCACCUUCCCCACCAUCCAUAGCGAGCUCACCGCCCUCACCCCCCCAGUCCCAUUCCACUACACCAUCGACGCAACGAAACUGUCGACGUACAAAUGCCUAAAACCCACUGCACACUCCCCGUAUGAUAUCAUCGCCUUCCAGUUCCCGCAUACAGGCGGGUUAUCGCGGGAUGUGAACCGGCAGGUCCGCGCGAACCAAGCGCUGCUCGUUGCAUUCUUGCGUUCGUGCUUGGAGACCGGCAUAGUGAGGGAAAGGAGAAAACUAGCCGUCGAGAAACAGCGCUCUCAAAAGCUUGGUGCUGGAGACGCAGCUUCUGCUGGAGGUGGGGCUUCUGCUGCGAUGCUCGGUGCUAAAUCUAAGACCGCCAGCGCCGGCGAGGAGAAGGAAUUCCUCCGCACCGGUGGCAAGAUCAUAGUUACGUUGUUUGAAGGCGAACCGUAUACACUCUGGAAUAUUCGCGACUUGGCACGACAUACUGGAUUAAAGGUUGUGGAGAGCUUUAGGUUUGACUGGGAACGGUAUCCCGGAUAUCGCCAUGUUAGGACGUUAGGUGCGAUUGACGGAGGGGGAGGGUGGAAGGGGGAGGAUAGAGAGGCAAGGAUGUAUGUUUUUGAGAAGGUGGGGAUUAAAGAUGAGGACGGUGAAGGUGAAGACGGACGGAGUCCUAAGAAGCAGAAGAAGGGGAGGAAGAGAGCUAGGGAGGGCAGCGGUGACAGUGGAAGUAGUGACGAUGAUUGAAGAGCUGAUGUUGAUUUAUACGGAGCUAUAGGACGCCGCUUAUUCUCAACGAAUCAAUAUCCCUCCAGCUUCCCGGGCGGGAUUUGUUCUAAACCAAUCCGUCUGCCGAUUCGACCGUCGCAUUUACGCCUCGCUAUGCAUGCAGAGUAAACCUCAUUGUUUCUGUGUGUACAAUAUCCUAGCAACCCAUGCCAAUGCCG